AUGAAGGGUGCUAUAUUCUCCAUCCUGCCCUUUGUGGGCCUCGCUUUCGCUCAGGAGUCGGCUUGCCCUGCUGAGCCCGACGAGACGAUUACCGAGACUGAAGUCGAGACUGUCUACAAGACUGCCACUCCAACACCUGCGCUUGUUGCAGAUGCCACCACCAGCCCGGGCUCUUGCGGACCAAGCAUCGUCUCAGUCACUAUGACUGAGAAGGUAUAUGUCACGGUCACCUACACUUCUGGUACCUAUGUCACUCCCGAUGCUGUCAAGACUAUCGACGUUACUUCAACGUCCACCCUCGACAUAUAUACAACCGUCACUCUCCACCCAUCUGGCAGCGUCCACCCAUCUGGCGGCUAUUUCAGCAACUCGACCACCGUCGCCCUCUUCAAGCCCUCUCAGCUCCUGAGCUCUGCUCCAGCAACCCACACUCCCAUCCCUCCCCCACGCCCAACUACAACCAUGUCAACAAUCGCCGCCCUCAAGCCCACAUCGUCCACCCCCUCCCCAGCCGCAGCAACCUCCACCUCCGCAUCCCCCUCUGCCACCGCCGCCACCGUCGCCCCUCCCACCACGCAAACCAAAGCCGGCACCACCAAGCGCGGCUCCGCCACCUGGUACGGCGGCAACCUCUCCGGCGGUACCUGCUCCUUCGUCGGCUACACGAUCCCGGCCGGCAUCUACGGCACCGCAAUCUCAGACUUCAACUGGGACACUGCCGGCGCGUGCGGCACCUGUGUGAGCGUCACAGGCCCCAAGGGCAACACAGUCAAAGCGAUGGUCGUAGACCAAUGCCCAGGCUGCGGUCCUAACCACCUCGAUCUCUUCCCCGAUGGCUUCGCCGCCCUCGCCAGCCCCAACGCCGGCAACAUCACCGUCGACUGGGCCGUUGUCCCCUGCGGCAUCUCCUCCCCCAUUGUUCUCAAGAACAAAUCCGGCACCAGCAAGUUCUGGUUCAGCAUGCAGGUUAUGAAUGCCAACGUAGGCGUUGCUAAGCUCGAGGUCUCGACUGAUGGCGGUGCGUCAUGGAAACAGACCAAGAGGCAGCCGUAUAACUUUUUUGAGAAUCCCGCGGGCUUUGGCACGGAUGCUGUUGAUGUGAGGGUCACGAGUACGGAUGGUAAGAGUAUUGUUGUUAAGAAUGUGGGGAUCAAGUCGGAGUCUAAGACUACGGCUGGUGGUAACUUUGCCUAA